AUGGUCUCUGUCACCCAGAUCGCCUCUGCCGCUGUGCUCGCUGUUGCUGUCCAGGCCCAGCGCCCUGGUGGCGGUAAGACCGCCACCCCCGAGUUCUCAGAGCUGAUGGAUUCCGUGUCCGAGAACUGGUCGAGCUACUACAACUUCAUCACCAGCGGCUUGCCCGUUCUGCAGCGGAUCCGCACCUCCGAGUACGGCUGGCUGACGGCUGCCUUUGGCGGAACCAGCAUCCCGACCACCUUCGACGAGGCGUUCGUGAGCAAGGCCAUUCUGGGCGGUGCCUUCGGUGCCUACAAGACCCCGGCUGAGGGUACUGAGGUCAGCUCGCCCACUGCUGCCACCGAGGGUCUGCUACCCUUCGGCUACUGGGGAGCCAAGUCCACUGGUGCCCCUGAGGCUUCGGAGCUCUCGGACGACGAUGUCGAGUCUGAGAAGCCGGGUGCGUCGUCGGGUGCCGCCAAGUCGGGUGCUGUCAAGUCGUCGGCCACUACCAAGGACUCGGCUACCACCAAGGGGUCGCCCAACGGCGCCGCUAAGGUCGCUGGCUCGUUCGCCGCCGCUGCCGCUGUUGCCGCCGCCGCCUUCUUCUAA